UAUGAUGUGAUUACAGAAUCACCCCAGUGACACGUUGCCAAAUACAGCAUAAUGAGGGUCUGAGUCUUCUGGGAGGUGAUCUCUGAAAUUGCUCAGUGAGCACCCCUAAUUUCGCUGAUUUAUUGCUGAUAAUCACUCACAAUGGAAACCAAUCAAAAAUGCGGGGAUGGACUGGCUGGCAUGCAGAAAGAGACUGCAUUGCGCUCUCUGAUCCAGCGCACAGGAUAUCACAUACACCAGGAAAAUGGACAGAGGAGAUAUGGUGGUCCACCUCCUGGCUGGGAAGGAACUCCUCCAGAGAGAGGCAGUGAGAUUUUUGUGGGAAAGCUUCCUCGAGACCUCUUUGAGGAUGAACUAGUGCCACUCUGUGAAAAAUUUGGCAAAAUUUACGAGGUACGGAUGAUGAUGGAUUUUAAUGGCAAUAAUCGAGGCUACGCAUUUGUGACCUUUACCACAAAACAAGAGGCUAAGAAUGCCAUGAAACAGCUCAACAACUAUGAAAUCAGGAAUGGGAGACUUCUGGGCGUGUGUGCAAGUGUUGACAACUGCCGUUUAUUUGUUGGUGGCAUCCCAAAAACCAAAAAGAGGGAAGAGAUCCUGGCAGAGAUGAAGAAGGUGACGGAUGGUGUGGUGGAUGUAAUCGUUUAUCCAAGUGCUGCUGAUAAGGCCAAGAACCGAGGCUUUGCAUUCGUGGAGUAUGAAAGCCACCGAGCUGCUGCCAUGGCCAGGAGGAAACUGCUGCCAGGGAGAAUUCAGCUCUGGGGUCAUGCUAUUGCAGUUGACUGGGCAGAACCUGAAGUAGAGGUAGAUGAAGACACAAUGGCCACAGUAAAAAUUCUUUAUGUUCGUAAUCUGAUGUUGGCCACCACAGAAGAGAACAUUGAGAAAGAGUUCAACAGCAUCAAACCUGGUUCUGUUGAAAGGGUUAAGAAGAUCAGAGAUUAUGCUUUUGUUCAUUUCUCUCUGAGAGAGGAUGCCGUCAACGCCAUGAAUGCAUUGAAUGGAAAAGUCAUUGAUGGUUCUCCCAUUGAAGUCACGCUAGCCAAACCUGUGGAUAAGGACAGUUAUGUUCGGUAUACCCGAGGCACAGGGGGCCGCGGAGGUACUCUGCUCCAAGGCGACUAUGCUUACACAGUGGGGCAGAUGUAUGACCCUUCAGCUGCCUACCUUGGUGCACCCAUAUUCUACGCUCCCCAUGCAUACGCCACUAUCCCAAAUCAAUUCCGCUUUCCCACUACCAAAGGGCACAUAAGUGCCAGAGGGCUGGUGUGCUCGCCCUCUGUUAGAGAAAUUUACAUGAAUGUACCUGUAGGGGCAGCAGGUGUACGUGGUUUGGGCGGCCGAGGAUACCUCGCCUAUGCAGGUGUGGGUCGUGGCUGCGCCACGUACCAACUCAAGACAGACAAACGCCCCGACGACAAACUCUAUGACCUUCUUCCUGGCAUGGAGCUCACACCCAUGAACCCUGUCACCCUCAAGCCCCAAGGCAUCAAACACGCCCCACAGAUCCUGGAAGACAUUUGCCAAAAGAAUAACUGGGGGCAACCUGUUUACCAGCUUCACUCUGCUAUUGGACCAGAUCAGAGGCAACUUUUCCUUUACAAAGUCACCAUCCCUGCUCUGGCAACACAGUAUCCAAAUAUACACCCGUUCACCCCCACCAAGCUCUGUACAUCAAUGGAUGAGGCGAAGCUCCAUGCGGCCGAACACACACUGCAGAUCCUUGGUCUACAGACCGAGGGCGCUGAUGCAUCCACUGCUGCGACUGUCGCUGCUGCAUUUCCAGGUUAUACAAUCGCAAGCACCAGUGCUACCGUGGCUGCGUCCCAGCUGAAACAAGCCGUUUCUUUGGGUCAAGACCUGACUGCCUAUGCAACCUACGAGGGUUACCCUGCCUUUGCUGUGGCGACACAUGGAGAUGGAUAUGGAGUGUUUUAAAACGAGAAAAAAGAAGAAGAAGAAAAAAAAAACCUGCUGCAAUAAGUCAUCGACCAAUAGUUUCUGUAAUGUUCAUUUCUGUUCUAUGUUUCCUGUCAUGUUUAUAGGUUUUGUGUCGUUUUGGUAGUGUUGUAAUUGUAACUUCCUUAUUUCUUCCCAUAAGCUCAGUUGUUUCUUUGGCAUUUUUGCAAUAUUGAAGAAUAUCAGUAAUCUUUUGACUUAUCUCAGGAAAUGGACUGCCUGAAUGCUGUCUACAACUCAAUCCCAAACAUUUCUAGAAGAUGUAAAUUUGUAUACUUUUAUCUGCUUAGUUUUCAUAAACAUACAUCAGACUGGAUAUUGUGCAAGGUUGGAAAAAACUCAAUAUGAUUGAAACAUCACUUGUAUCAUAAAUUUUGGUCAUCCAGUACAAUUCCCCAUUCGAUUUUUAACUUUGAUUUUUACUACCUAUGAAAAUGUCUAAAUUACAGAAUUUAGGCUGGACCUUCAUUCAUGCUGCCUUUGAAUGAUUGCCUUUACAUUGAACACUGAAUCUUUACAAUCAAAUCAUCAAACACAACGUAACAUUCCAUUGUGCUUCAUGAAACAGCCAUUUAUGCAGACAUUAGUUUGAGAAAGCUUUGGUGUUAAGUUGUAUUUAAAGUGGUUUGUUUUUGUGUUGGUUUUCUAUCAGUAUUUAGAUUAACAUCUGAGUGUAGAGUGUUUUAACAAAAGAAAUGCAUUACUAUGCUUGUAUAUGUAUGUACCUGUUUUAGGAUCAUUUAUAGAUAUGGUUGACACUUUGUAGGUGGUUUGUUUAUAAAUCCUAACCUUUUCUAUAUUUUAUAAGAUAUUCACCGGCUUGCUAUAAUAUGUUCCUAUCACAUAUCACAUGCAUGGUGAAUAUGAGAGCAUUGUUUUAACCCACAGACACAUUUUUGUUAAAUAUAAAGAUGCCUAAAUGGUGACAGUAUUAUAGUUUGUGUAGCACUUAGAACUUAUUUUUAUACCUGCAUUCCAAUUCUGUUUGUAUUAAGUUGGUUUUGGAUCAUUGACUGUUUGAAAUAAUUCUUUGUCUCGGUGAUUGGCAUCAGAAUUGGAGGGAUAAUCGUAUACAGACAUUGUCAGGACAAAAAAUAAGAUGAGAGCUUUAUAGUGCUACAGAGUGAGUCAUGAAAAUACAAUUCCAGUGUAUUAACUAACCAUCAAUAAAUCAAAUUCUCUA